UUUGCCACAACCAAUUGAAACUGAGAUUUCUGUCGACUGAGAUUUCUGUCAUUGGUGCAUGUAAAUAACAGCUAAUCUGUUUAUGGGCACAGAACUGGGUGGGUCGAAAUAUUUAGUUUUCAGGUACCAAAGGUUAAUCUAUCUGCAGCCUAAAGACUCGGGCUGAAUGAAUACUGACAGAUCAGAAGUCUCAUAAGGUCUCUGGUGAUUUUUUUCCUUCUGUAAGUAAUGGAUAUCACUGUAUGGAUGUGAAUUGGAAUUUUUUUUUGUUAGCUUGAAACAGUAUUUUCUAUCUCUUUAUCAUUGUCUUGCAAUUAUAAAAUGGCUUUGAGGUUCUCGAACACCUUGAGUUUCAUCGUGCUGUGUGCCUUGCUGACUCCUGGAGUUUCUCAGUGGUGGCCGUGGGGAAAACCCGCAACUCUUGCCCCACCAGAGAUUGUAACAACUCAGCCCCCAGAAACUGCUGCAACCCCUCAAACCCUAGAAAUCGCAACAGAGCACCCAAUUGCGCCUAUGAAACCUCAAUCUCCAGGAACUGCGACAAAGCACCCUAUUAGGUCUGUGACAACUCGAGCCACAGAAACGGCAACAAUGCAACCUACUGCGACUGAGACAACUCGAUCCCCAUCAACUGCAACAAUGCAGCCUAUUGCGACUGAGAUAACUCAAUCACCAGCAAUAAUGCAACCUACUGAGAUGGAGACAACUCAAUCCCCAUCAACUGCAACAAUGCAACCUGCUACGACUGAGACAAUUGAGCAGCUACCAACUGCAACAAUGCAGCCUAUUGCGACAGAGAUAACUCAAUCCCCAGCAACAAUGCAACCUACUGAGAUGGAGACAACUCAAUCCCCAUCAACUGCAACAAUGCAACCUGCUACGACUGAGACAAUUGAGCAGCUACCAACUGCAACAAUGCAGCCUAUUGCGACAGAGAUAACUCAAUCCCCAGCAACAAUGCAGCCUACUGAGAUGGAGACAACUCAAUCCCCACCAACUGCAACAAUGCAGCCUAUUGCGACUGAGAUAACUCAAUCCCCAGCAAUAAUGCAACCUACUGAGAUGGAGACAACUCAAUCCCCAUCAACUGCAACAAUGCAACCUGCUACGACUGAGACAAUUGAGCACCUACCGACUGCAACAAUGCAGCCUAUUGCGACAGAGAAAACUCAAUCCCCAGCAACAAUGCAGCCUACUGAGAUGGAGACAACUCAAUCCUCACCAACUGCAACAAUGCAGCCUACUGAGAUGGAGACAACUCAAUCCCCACCAACUGCAACAAUGCAGCCUAUUGCGACAGAGAAAACUCAAUCCCCAGCAACAAUGCAGCCUACUGAGAUGGAGACAGCUCAAUCCCCACCAACUGCAACAAUGCAGCCUAUUGCGACUGAGAUAAUUCAAUCACCAGCAACAAUGCAACCUACUGAGAUGGAGACAACACAAUCCCCACUACCUGCUACAAUGCAACCUAUUGAGGUUACAACAGAUCAACCCACAGCAGAUGCAUCAACGCAACCUGAUGAGGCUACGUUAUCUCAACCCACAGAAAUUGCAACAAUGCAGCCCAUCGGAACAACUCAACCUGCAGACAUUGCGACAACGCAACCCAUCAACGCCAUUGCAGCUCCAACUACUGAAAUUACGACAAUGCAACCCACUGAGUCUGAAGCAACCCAACCUGCAAACAUGACAGCAGUGCAAGCUGCAGCAACUCCAGGAACGCAACCCACAGAGGCUGCUGCAACACUGGGAAAAGUUAGCAACGUUACUGAAUCUUCUGCACCCUCAACCAGCCUUGUGGCCACAAGCAUCCAGCAUGUCCCUGGGACCACCGAGACCCCCGUGUACACCACACCCGACCUCAGCAAAGAAGGCACCAGUCAUGCAUGGGGAACUGAAGGGCAGGAUAUGUCUCCGUUUCCCAGCUCUGCUUCAACAUUAAUUGGAAAAGUCACAACUCCAGCACCAGAGGAUGAAGCACCAACUACUCCAGGCAAUGGACUCCACCAGGAGAUAAACCUGCUGCAACUCAUCUCAGAAAGGACUCCGUACACGUCCAAGGUUGAGGGAGUGGACGGGGGAUUUGGGAUUGCCUUUGAGCCGGGUUUCACCCCAACGCCGGUCCCGGCCAGGACUCUCUUCCCAGAGCCGUUCUACCGUGACUUUUCCAUCGCGGCCACGCUGCAGCAGAACGACAGGAGAGGCGGGGUGGUCUUUGCCGUGGUCGACCCCACCGAGACGGUCAUCCACCUGGGGCUGAAGCUGUCGGCGGUGGAGGAAGGCCAGCAGGUCGUGGUGUUGUACUACACGCCGCCCGGCUCGUGGUGGUCCAACAAAGCAGCCUCCUUCGUGGUGUCGGCCCCACGCACUAAGCGGUGGAGCCGCCUCGGCAUCAGCGUGGACGGGAACACGGUGACCCUCCACCAACAGUGUCAAAGACCACAGCGGCUGAAGCUCAAAAGGUCAUCCGAGCCCCUGGAAUUUGACCUAGGUUCCAAAAUAUUCAUCGCUAAUGCUAAACCACUGGACCCAGACAAGUACACCGGAGCCAUUCAGCACUUGUCGAUCACCCCGGACCCCAAGGACGCUGAGAACGUGAGGAACGUGGACUGUGAUGACAGCGCGGUGGAUGAUGAGGACAAUGAAGACGUGUUCACGGCCUCUGGACAAUCGGAAAUUACAGACCCAGACAUCAAAUUCACUCCAUCACAGUCGAGCACCUUCCGUUUAUCAGAAGUGACACCCGAUGAGACAUUCAUGGUGAGCUCAGGAGACGACAUGACCACAAGCCUUCCCAUCAAAGAUAUAGAAGACACCACCGAACGGGAGACUGGAGACAAGGUGCCUGUGACGAAAGGAGACGAGGGUGAAGUUAUUCCGUGUACCUGUCCUGUGAGGCCGGGUCCUCCUGGGUCAAAGGGCGAUACUGGACCUCGGGGUCAACCUGGUCUGUCUGGAGAAGUUGGUCGGGCAGGUCCUCCUGGUCCUGUUGGCCCACCUGGAGAACCCGGUCUACCUGGAGAAUCCGGUCUACCUGGACAGCCCGGACUACCCGGGCCACCGGGGUCCAAGAAAACGUCUGGCUGGUUUGGAGCCGCGGAUGAAGAAGAGCUCGGAAUUCCCGGUCUACCGGGCUUAGAUGGAAAUCCAGGCCAACAGGGGUUGCCAGGAUAUCCGGGAUCACGAGGAUCACCAGGACCUAUGGGGCCGAAAGGGGAUCCCGGGGAGCCUGGACCCAGGGGUGAAGCAGGAUAUCAAGGAUACCCAGGAGUUGGAGUUCCCGGAGAUAAGGGUGGAAAAGGUGACCUUGGUCUUCGAGGUGAACAGGGAUACUCCGGUUCUCCGGGUUUUCCAGGCAUAACAGGACCCCCGGGGGAGCCGGGCAUCUGUGAGCAGGAUUGUGAGUGUCCGUCUGGACCCCAAGGCCCCGCCGGACCCCCUGGUCCACCCGGCCCAACUCACCAGAGUUUCAUCCCUUCCUACGACCAGGGCGCUCCAGGACUGAAGGGGGAGAAGGGAGAUCCUUGUGAUAACUCUGGUGUUCCAGGAACGCCGGGCAUUCCUGGUAUUCCAGGAUCUCCGGGCCCGCCAGGAAUGCCGGGACCAAUUUACUACAAUAGAAUUUUCCCGGUUCCACCAAGACCUCACUGUAAAAUGCCAGUGAAUUACGAAAAAGAAAUUGACUUUCCAAGCAUCGGGAGCCCAGAUUCCCAAGGUCCCAAAAUCAAUAAUAAUCCAUUUGACAGCAGCUUAAAGAGCCAUGCAUUUAAAAAUGUGGAACUCAUGCUGAAUGCUGCUCCCGUGAUACCAGAGGGAUCCCUGGUCUAUGUAACAGAAGGAAGUAAAGUCUUCAUUCGAUUGCCGAAUGGCUGGAGCAAGCUUUGUCUUGAAGACUUCUUUCCUGGCAUAGCUUCUGAUGACCCUGCAGUAGAAGUGGCUGAUAUCGCCCCCAGUCCAGUACCAAGUAACAUCAUCCACCAAGGGUCAGUGCUUCAUCUGGUGGCUCUCAACACUCCUGUCACGGGUGGAAUAGACGGCAUACGUGGAGUCGAUCUCCAGUGUUUCCAGCAGGCUCAGGAGGCCGGACUGCAGGGGACUUUCCGAGCUUUCCUCACCUCAAGAACCCAGGACUUGAUUUCCAUUGUGAAGCGAUCAGAGAGAGCAUCCAUGCCAGUGGCAAACCUCAAGGGUGAAGUACUCUUUUACAACUGGAACAGUCUCUUCACUGGCUCUGGAGCACGUUUCAACCCCAAAGUACCGAUUUAUUCAUUCCGAGGUCAGAAUGUCAUGACCGAUGCUUCAUGGCCUCGUAAAUUAGUCUGGCACGGAUCGAACACCCGGGGAAUACGAGCUGCAGACAACUAUUGCAACGAGUGGCGAGGGGGAUACGGUGCAAAGGGACUGGCGACCUCACUCUUAAACGGAAAACUACUGGAGCAACACUCGUACAGCUGCAUCAGCUCCUUUAUUGUGCUUUGCAUUGAAAACAGCGUCCCACACACAGGCGUGGCAAAAAUAAAUAGUUAUUAGAAUCUGGCAUUCGUUUUUUGCUUUUACACAAGGUCAAGUGAUAAAGAUACCCAUCUCGUACUACGACACCAAUGAGAUUCCCGCAAAGCAUUUUAAGACUUCCUGAAAGGGACGUAAAAGUCGCUAUGUAAAUGCAAGCCUUUCAUAUUUUUUUGGUACUUUUUGUGAGAAAAUGGGACAAUGAUAUUGGAAAUAUUUCUCUUUUCAACAUCUUUUAGAUCUGUGCCCAAAUGUUGUCAUCUGUAACGUUUCCCAGAGGCAUGUGCAUUUCAAGUGUAUAGCUGCAGUUUUCCACAUGAAAUAUUCUAAUAAAUAAAAUCCUGAUGUCAAC